AUGCUCCAUGUGGACAAAGUGGACAGUUUAUUAACUGAAAAAGUUAGGAUUUCAGCAUCCGGACUCAAUGAGUUCGAGUGCUAUCAAUUCCAGCUAUUGUUACACUCGGACCAAGGAAUCUUACGCUCGUUUUGUCUUAUUCGUUCUGAUGGGUUAGGGGAAAUAGAUUUGGACACUGAUAAGCCAAUCCGUGGGACAUAUCAUGAUGUUGAUCCUAUGGGACUGUUCUUGACACUUCUGAGAACAGAUGACGUUCAAUAUGGAGCAUAUACUAUCUCCAAUUCCGACCGACUUUUAGACCAACUCCAUUUGAAAAAGCGCUGGUGCCAUCCAUCAAUAGAACAAAUUCAAAUCUCUCGAGAUGGAUUAUACGGCACAAUUUUCAAACCACCUGGUCCUGGACCCUUUCCAUGUAUUAUCGACACCCCAGUAAUCAGUGGAAAACUCUACAAAGGUCAUGCAGCACUAUUUGCAUCUGAAGGAUAUCUAACAUACUGUUUCCCGAUGUUCGAUGAGCCAGGACUUCCCGAAAAAAUGAUCGAUGUCGAUGUAGAGUACUUGUCGCGACAAAUCCGGCUCGUCCAAUCUCUUUCAUACUGUUCUGACAAAAUCGGAUUAUACGGAAACUCAUUCGCCGGAACCAUAGCGAUGCAUCUGGCAACUAGACAUCGAGAACUUUCAGCAGUCGUAUCUGUGAAUGGUCCGGAGGCAUUUUACAGAGAAACUGGGUUUAUAAAAGAAGAUGGGGAGCCUAUACGUUGUGAAAAAUUGGAUGAUUCGUUAUCAGUUCCGCAUAAUGGAGUUCUGAGGCAAACCGAAGUUUUUAAAGAUGUUUUUAGAAGGUUGACAGAGGAGACUAGUAUAAAAUGGGAAAGGAUAUCGAGGAAGGUACCAUUUCGAUUAGUGGCUUCUCUAGAUGAUUGGCUGUUAUGUGGUGUAUCCAAUGGGUAUAAUAUUCGAGAACAUCUUCGAAAAACUGGACAUCAAAUUGAAAUCGAUUUUGUGCCUGGUGGCCAUACAAUCAUCAUCCCAUACCAACCACACCAAUGGUUCGCGUUUAACAAAUUCAUUCGGAUUUUGUUGGGAUUUGGUGGAGAGAAUUAUUUACACUCAAAAUUUCAAGUGAACGUUUGGGAGGGACAUUUGAAAUUCUUCAAGAAACAUUUGGGAAUUCCACAAAGAUUGCCGGAUUACAAAAGAGAAACAAGGAUCAUCAUGGUGGCCGACAAGAAUAAUAGCAAGUUAUAA